AUGUUGUUUGCUCGUUGUUCGUGCUUUGCUCUUUGAAGUCCCUACACUCGCAUUGUGCCCUGAACGCAUCAUCGUCCCCAUAUUAAACAACAAGCUAGCUUAAGUAAGUACCAACAGUAACCGAUAACCGUUACAGGGAUUACCUGCACGAGGAGACUAGCUGUCUGACUCUAGUUUUCAGACUUUUUAAAACUAAGAAAACGUUUAUUAUUCCAAUAACAAAACGCAUCAGUAAAAUAAACAACAACCCGUGACCUUUCACCUUUUACAUUGUUCGUAGCAGGUAAUGGGCGGAAGACCUGAUACACCUUGUCGCGGAGCGGGUCGACAGAGUUUAACAACAAAGCAGCGAGCAGGAGGCGGAAGGUGAACAAGAGCUACAGGUGUGAUGGCACUUGGAGGUCUAACGACCGUGCAUGCGUGGCUUUAGGGGUUCAACGCCGUGCCAACCGGCACCAUGCAGCAGAAAGGUACGGUCCAAAUUAUCGAAUGGGAGGACCUGGACAAGAGGAAGUUCUACUCCCUGGGCGUGUUCAUGACCUUGACCACCAGGGCCACCGUCUACCCGGCCAGCCUCAUCCGGAUCCGCCUCCAGGUGCAGAAGGGGAAGGCCCUUUACUCCGGCACCUUCGACGCCUUCUGCAAGAUCCUGCGGGCCGAGGGGCGAGGCCUCUACCGCGGCUUCAUGGUCAGCACGCUCACGCUGAUCUCGGGACAGGCGUACAUCACCACCUACGAACUGGUGCGCCAGUACGUGGCCCAGUACUCGCCCAGCAACACGGUGAAGUCGGUGGUGGCCGGCGGGGCGGCUUCCCUGGUGGCCCAGACCAUCACGGUGCCGAUAGACGUGGUGUCCCAGCAGCUGAUGAUGCAAGGCCAGGGGGAGCACCUGAGCCGCUUCAAGGCCAAACCCAAAACGAUGCUCGGGACGACCAAGCGCAGACUGAUUUUCGGGCAAAGCCGCGACAUCACGGUGCAGAUAUUCGCAGCCGACGGCUUUAAGGGGUUCUACAGGGGCUACGUGGCGUCGCUUCUCACGUACAUCCCAAACAGUGCCCUCUGGUGGCCGUUUUAUCAUCUGUACACGGAGCAGCUGUCCUUGUUGGCGCCGAGUGAGUGUCCCCAUCUGAUUCUGCAGGCUUUGGCGGGACCGAUGGCGGCGGCGACCGCCUCCACCAUCACCAACCCCAUGGAUGUUGUUCGCGCCAGAGUACAGGUGGAGGGGCGCUCGUCUCUCCGGGAGACGUUCAAGCAGCUGCUGGAGGAGGAGGGCGUCUGGGCGCUGACCAAGGGGCUGUCCGCCCGCAUCAUCUCCUCCAUGCACACGUCGGUGCUCAUCGUGGUGGGAUACGAGACUUUGAAGAGACUGAGCCUGAGAGAUGAUCUGGUGGAGUCCAGACACUGGUGAAAAGAGCCAGAAGGGAACCAGCAGCGCCUCGUGCCGGGCGUCACACACACACACACACACACGGGCAGGAACUUUUCACGGGGGAGACGACGACCCAGACCCGUGUCUCGCCUCGUCUGUAACCCGCUCACCUGUUUAGCUGUUUGCCAGACACCUUUUUUUAGAUCCGAGAUGCAGUGUCGUAACCGUGUCGUUACUGUGGUUUUUCCGGUUGGUCAGACUUCUUUUUACUGGCUUUUUGUCACUAAAUGUUUUCUGUAAAAUGUGAAGAUAUAAGUGGAAAAACACUGUUCUGCAUUGUGCGAUACAUUUGCCAUUUAAAAAGAAAGAGAAAAAAGAAAUCGUACUAAAAUGUUAGAAAAGUUGCUUCUUAGAGAAUAGUAGAUAACUGAAGUCGCUUCUGAUUAUUACCAGUAUGGAACUGGUGGGUAUUUCUUUCAUACUUUCCCCCCCCCCGUGUCACACCACGGCAGCCCCAGAUUGUCACUCGAUGCUUUAGAGUUCACAAUCCAGCUGGGCUCAGUUUUGUGUAUGUAAAUAGUGGCUCUGCGAUUAGUCACAGUACGUUUGGUUUCGAUAAGACAAAGGUCAGGCUGGUGACUUUUCAAUGUACCAAAAAUCUGCAGACACGUCUCUGCUCGUCUGAUUUCUUAAGUGCAUUCCAGUGGAAGCGUUGUGCAGAGGUGUGAACCAUCGGUUCAGGAUCUCACCCGAGUCGAGGUGUAGAAAAAAAAGAUUACGAUUUAUUUUUUAAUCAGAGCUAUACUGAUUCUGUACAUGUUCCAAAUGUAAAAAUGUCAGUUUAACUGCCAAAAGAAUAUAAAAGACAAUUUCAAAAGGUCUUUGUGAGCUAAAAAGCCUCGAUGUAAUAUGAAUCUGUCACGUGAUUUAUUGACUAGCUGUCUGUGAAGUCAGGGUUGCAGUUUGACGUCAUUGGACUAGAAGAUGAGUUGAUCGGGCCGGUUUUCUGCUUCUUGUCGUCUGAAUGCAAAGUAAGAAAAAAAAGUGGAGAUAAAAAGCGACAGGCCUCCGAUCAGAUCGCUUCACGAGCUAAUUAUUUACAGCGCUCUGAUGCCCGAGGAUCACGUCGGCUGACCCGCUGGGAGAGUGAACCACGCCCGCAGACACAACUGAACUCUAAAAGUUUGCCAUCAGGUUUCACCCGUCUCUUUAAAGAGCGUGAGCUGCAUCAACACGGCAUUAUUUAGACACGGCUAUUACUGCCAGGCAACGCAUCUCCGUGAGGUUUGACGCGCUCUGCUCUUUCUUUUGCACACGGCACUAUUUAGUUUGAUGGAUCAGAGUUUCUGAACUGAUGCGAUUUGGUUCUGAAAAGCAAAUGUGGAAAAAGCCAUUUGCCUACGUGGUGGAAGUGCUACACGUGUAUUUACCGACUACCUGUUCGCUGUGUGCUAAAUAUUCAAGAUAUUGUUUAAAAAGUACAGUUUAAUGCGUCUCAAGCUUCAAAGUUAAUAAAUAAUUGUGAAUCGCUAA